AUAGGCUAUUGGUAUAUUUAUGCUAUACACGGAAUCAUGAGAAACUUCAAUGCAAAUCAUAUAACUGGCAGCGAACUUCCACUCACACCAGGAGAGAACUUUAAUAAAACUUCAUUUAAUACCAGAAAUUUAUGUACUGAAUAUCGACAUUAUUUGAAAUGCGAAAAACUAAUAUUAGAAAAAAUAAAACUUCAUAAUAAUGAAAACCAAACGUAUUAUGUGCGGAUAUUAAAUUGUAGCAGAUUGAAUUUGGAAGAUAAACAUUUAAUUGCUGAAGUAUUUGAUACUACAAUAACAUGGCUUCAAUUUGUUCAGCUUUAUGGAAGAGCCAAUGAAAGUACAAAUUUUGAAAAUAAUGAAGAAGUAAUUAACACUUUCAUAAAUUCUCCUUUGAAUGUUUCUUUAAGUCAAGAUCUUAAGGAUGUUUUCGUCAGUGAAGUAAACGUGACUGGAAGUAGAAUUUCACGUUUAGGUAAUAAGAAUAUCAAAAUUUUAAUUUUGUGUUUGAAUAAUGAAACAUACAAUGAAAAAUUUUCGAGGACAAAAUUAUUGAUUAAAUCUGAAAAAAGCUUCAUGAUUGAUUUUGAACGUAAUCAGAAAAAUCAAAAAGAAUUCGAGAAUAAUGGAUCAACUUAUAACAUUCCUUCUGUAAUGUUCCGGAAAGAAAUAGAUUCUUGUUCAACAGUUCCAUGCUUGAACGAAGGUAUAUGUAAAAGAUAUGGAACAAAAUUUCAUUGCGAAUGCAAAGAUGGAUUUGUUGGAAAAUAUUGCGAAACAAAUAUUGACGAUUGUGCAUGGAAUUCUUGUCAAAAUAAUGCCACGUGUAUCGAUGGAGUGCAAAGCUAUAAAUGUUGUUGUUCGCGAAAUUAUACAGGAAGAUUCUGUACAAUUCCAGAACAUUGUGGGAAUAAAUCAUGCAAAAAUGGCGGAACCUGUAUGCAAAACAAAUGCCUAUGCUCUAUUGGAUUUACAGGAGAAUCAUGCGAAAUAAAUAUAAAUGAUUGCAUAAAUAAUGAUUGCAUAAAUGGUGGAAUUUGCAUUGAUGGAAUUGGCAAUUAUACUUGCCAUUGUCCUCCUCAAUAUAUAGGAAAAUUUUGUGAGAAAGAAUUUCGCGAAGGAAUCACAAUGAAAUUUGACAAUAUGAGAGAAUGUGUACCAAUUGAUCACAAUGAAACAUUGGAUGAAAUUACAUUUUCAAUUUGGAUAAAAGUUAAAACUACGAAUUCUGUAAUGGAUAUUUUAUCGUUUAGUCAUACGGAACCAUCUUCAAACGAAAAUAAAAAAGGAAUAAAUGUCAUUAAUAUUCAUUUAAGUACAGAACCGAGUAUAUAUUUUAGAAUGUUUAAUCGCUAUUUCAAACUAACGGAUAAUAAUACUAUUAAAAAAGAGAAAUGGUAUUACUUUGCAUUUACUUGGGAUAGUGAAUCUGGAGAGUUAGUCACAAAAUGGAACACGGACAUUACUAAAAUAAAGAAAUUUGCUCAAUAUAAAAAAUUAUGGCCCGGACAAUUUCUUAUCGGAUGUGGCCUUACGUUACAGUAUAAAAUGGACACCAACUCUGUAUUUAAAGGAGAAAUUUAUCAAUUUAAUAUAUGGAACCAUAUCAUCGAUAUUUUUGCUACUGAACACAUACAACAUGACUGCGGUUUACUCGGAAAUGUUGUCGGUUGGAAUAAAGUAAUUGAUAUAUUUCAAACAAUGUCUGAAAAUUACACUUUGCCAAUGGGUACCAAGAAUUGCACGAAUUCUUGCAAUGAAGAUGACUGUUACUGUUACCGAGCACCGAAGGAUUAUUAUGAAAACUGUUGGAGAAAUGUAAAAACUUGUAAUCCUAAUCCUUGCAAAAAUUUUCAAAAGUGUGUACAAAAAUCAAAAUACGCAUUUUGUCAAUGUUCAGAAGAAUAUAAAGGAAUUUAUUGCGAAAAAAAGUCUGGUUGCGUGGUAAACGGAGUUACUAUUCCUGAUGGUUACGUACUUUCGAAGCAAUGCGAGAAUUGUACAUGCAGUGAAAGAAAAUUGAAUUGCGUGAAGUUCCAUUGCAAAGAGUUAAAUUGCUUACCGAACGAGAUAGAAAUUAUGACUAAUGAUAUUUGUUGUCCCAAAUGUUCUUCAGAAUAUUCUUUCUGUACGUUAAAAAAUAACACAGUGAACACAUUUGAUAAUUUCGUAUAUAAGUAUUAUGGUGUUUGUCGAUAUUCUCUUCUUAACGAUUGCAUGGAUGGACAAUUUAGCAUUUGGUACGAAGACGCUUACGAAAAUAGCAGCGAAAAGAUUUUUUUUGUGAAAAUAAACUGUAUUGAAGCCGCGAUAAUUCCAGAAGGAAAGAUUAAGAUCAACAACCAAAGUGUAGAACUUCCGUAUCAAGAGGAAAACAUAAUCAGUAUCGAGAAAGUCUCGGACUCCAUAAUAAUAUCUUACAGAUAUAACAUAAAAAUAACAUGGAAAUCUUCCACAGAUCUUAUUAUUACAUUAUCUAAUAAUUAUGAAACUAAAAUUUGUGGUUUUUGUGGGAAUUUCAAUGGAAUAAAACAGGACGAUGCCGUUGAUAUGAAUAACAUACCACACCGGUUAAUAAGAAGUUCGAGUAAUGCUGAAGAUUGCCAGGGAAAUCGCAUUGUUAAAAACUUAACUACUGAAGCUAGCUUAACUACUAUGUUAACAAUGACCAAAGAUUACGAGAAAGAAAAAGAUGAAAAACUAAAUUCAUAUUCAUGGCAUUAUAUCAAAAUCGCAUUUUCCAUUAUUAUUUUAUUAAUUUUAAUUACA